AUGUCCACUGACGUAGCUGCUGGCCCAUCGACUAUCCCAAGGAUUGCACGCCCGAAGUUGCAUCCACCCUAUUCGGAGAUGGUACACAAGGCAAUCGCCGAGUUGAAGGAUAGGUCCGGAUCGUCCAAGGCUGCCAUCCUCCGCUACCUUGUCCAGAAUUACCAGCUUGGAGACAACGUCAACAAGAUUAAUACUAAUAUUCGCUUGGCGCUCAAGAAGGGUGUCGAGAAAGGAGAGCUGAAACAGGUCACCGGUACUGGAGCCACGGGAAGCUUCAAACUUGGAGAGAAGAAGGCUGCCGCUCCGAAAGUCAAGAAGCCUGUUGCAAAGAGGGCCGAUAAGGAAGCAGCUCCGGCAGCGGUGAAGAAGGAGAAGGCCGCGGCACCAAAGAAGAAGGUUGAAAAGAAGGUGGAGAAGGCUGAGAAGGCUCCAAAAGAGAAGAAAGCCCCAGCAAAGGCUUCAGCUGCUCCAGCUGCUCCUGCUGCCACUGCUCCAAGGUCCACUCAAAAGGAAAAGGAAGCCCCUGCUGCUCCUGCCCCCAAAAAGUCAAAGUCAAAAAGCGUCAAAAGCACUAAGAAGACCUCUACCGCAAAGUCUAAUUAG